AUGGAUCUUCCAGAGCUGAAAGGGUAUUUACGCAAGAAAUCACGUCACAAUCGAUGGCAACGGCGCUAUUUCGAAGCCACUACACACUAUUUAACGUAUUACAAGAGUCGGGAGAGUGAAAAACUGCUGGCGUGCAUUGAUCUGUGGCGGACGCAGACCAUCGACUUUAUUCCGUUGGACGCUGACAAGCUCGAGUUCUCUAUCUCCAUUGGCGACCAAUCAUAUUUACUCAAGGCAGACAGUCAGGAAGACGCCACACGAUGGGUCGAGGGGCUCCAAGCAAGACAGCAUCGACCCGAAGGCACGCCCUCUGAGGUUUUUAGUCUACGAAGUGAGCAUAUAGACGCGGAGAGCGACGCGUCUUCUAGCGAGUAUGGUGGCCGACGUCCUAGAGGCGCAUCGUCGGACAAUGGCUCUAUCUCGGGCAGUUGUCGCUCAUCCAUCUCCUAUGCUGAAGUACAGAACCCAGUGGUCCCGAACGCCAAUGUGAUCGCCAGACAGUCCUUGUCACAUGCUGAUGCACCGAAUCCAGUGAUUCCGAACGCCAAUACGAUCGCUCGUGCAUCUUUUUCGCACGCGGAUGCUAGCAAUUUUGUUACUUCGAGUGCUACGGCUAGUACUGCUGCAACAGGAUUAAAGUAUCCGAUGGUGAAUACGAACCAACAAGUCACGCGGUCUUUGGUAGCAACGACUGCUGGAAAGACUGAGAAUGACGAGUAUCCUGUUACCGCACAGUGCUGUGCGCCAUGCUUGAUCAUGUAA